ACUGACUCUUCACAAGUCAGUGGUUUGCUGCGUGAGAAGCUCAGAAAAGCAGGAGUCUUGUCGCCUUUUGAGAAACCCCACAGAUCCUUGCCUAACACAGAAGACAACAUGAAUGUACAAAAUGUGUUUAAAACCCAGGGAGGUAUUUCCUGCCUACGGGAUUUGUCAGGGAAUGGUGGGGACCUACUUCACUUCAACAGAAUGGUCAAUGUCGGUGCUGUAAAAGCAGAGAAGUACUGCAGCAGCAGGGUGUGCUCCUGCCCUGCACGUGCACUCACAGGUCACACAGACAACCGUUUCCUUGACAUGGAAGAUGCUGUAUCUGGUCAGCCUCUGGCAGAUGUCCAGGACUGUGAAAAGACUGGGCUUAGUACAUCUCUAACCACGAAUACCCUGUUGGGUGAGCAGGGAGGUACUCCUGUUGUAAAUCACAAUUAUUUCAUAAAAGGUGAUGCUGAAAUUUCUGCCACUGUCCUGGAGAUUAAUGCAGAGAUGAUUCCAAGUGUGAGCGAUGACUUUUAUGAUCACAGCCUGGAGUAUUUUGAAUGUUCAGAUGUGCUGACAGAGCACGAAAAUGAAAUCUGGAAAGAGAAAUUACAGUUUUUAUUAGAAAGUGAUGAUGAAGAUAAUUUAAAACUGAGUAAGGAUUGUGAUGGGUGUGCUUACUUCCUCAGUGAAAUGCCUUGUCUGUUCCAAGUGUCAGAUAACACUACGCCUAUGGAUACCACCAUUGGCUUCUGUGGUCAUCACUCAAAAUUCAAAGGAGUAAAUGUAAGGAGAGACCCCUCUAUGUACAGCCAGUCACCUCUGCAGACAGAGAUGACUCUCACUGUUGGACACCACCGAGAUAAAAGUCCCCCUUCGAAAGACAAAGAAAAGGGAACUGCGCCUGUUACAUCUGCAGCUGCGGAGAAUGAGCAUCCCAAGACUGCAGAAGAAAAUAACGGAAGUGGCCACUCGGCUGCAAGUUUCUCAGCCGACACAUCAAAAAACCAGGAUAACAUAUGUGCCAGGGCGGACUCCUCUACGAGUGGCAGAGGUGCUGCCUUGGCAAACCAGCCUUCGGAGAUGAUGGCAGAAACCGGUAUGGACAAGGACCUGCUGGGUGAAGGCUCGUUGCUGCUAGAGGAGGAGGGAAGAAAUUUUCCAGAGGAAAAUGCAAAGCAUGCUGUCUGUACCUUAACAGAAAGUCUAAGAAGAAAUCUUCUGAAGCUGUUAAACCCUAAAGAGCUUUGCAGAUACGUAAGUAACAUCGGACAAUCUUUUCAGACGGCAGCAGAGGCGAGGGAAUGCAGCGCUUUGCUUCCCAGUCGGGAAAGUGUCCACUCAGAAAUCCCCAAGGAGACAGAAAGCUCCCAGAUGCAGGGUGCUUUGUGUCCUACCGAAGAGGCAGAUAAUGACUGUUGCUGGGAAGGAAAAAGGACUUGGGGCCUGCCUGAGCAAAAUCAGACACCAGAUGAAAACGUCUCACCCAGGAAUCAAGAUCCUAAUCUCAAAAUCUUUACCCAGAAUUGCGAGAGACUGUGUACGGAGCCUGACAUAGGAAAGGAACUUGUGAGAGUGACUUGUGAGACUGGAGGAGCCAUCCAUCCGGCUUCAGAAACGCUCUGCACUGAAAAGACAUUGCAAGCAAAAAAUGCCAAAGUACAGACCUAUUCCCAGCACCGUGCUGCUUGUGAGCAGAGUGCGAGUAGUCACCAGCAAGUCUGCUGGGAACAAGGAUUUCAUGUUAUUAGUAAUGGCCACAAAUCAGAGCGGGAUGUUUCACCUUUUCCUUUAGGGGAUGUGGACUCUGCUGUUGAUAAACAGGAAUGUGUAUGUGCUGCUCUCUCCUCUGCAAAGCUAUGUGAUGAGCCAGGAGAGGGGGAGCAAAGGUGCAGUUUUGACUCACAUGGCAGCAGUGACACAGAUACCCUCCACAGUCUGUCAUGCGCUGAUUCCCUCUCUGAGGCUAAUCCCAAGUCAGUCAUGGAAUCUGGAGAACCUGAGUGCAAAGGAGAUGCUGGUAUAUCUGCAGUGCAUGACAAGCUGUGGAAACUUCUUCACGAAGAUGACUCAGAUGACCAAAUCCCGUGUGAAACCCGGGGUAUCACAAGUUUAGAAAUUGGGCCAACAGACACCAAAGUCACAGAACUGAACUUUGUGCAGGAGACCUGUUCUGGUCACCCUUUGCCAGUACAUUUGAUGGAAGAACUGGAACCUGAGACACAGCCAACUAGGGCUCAAAGAACAGAAGAAGAAGACUGCAGUGCUUCUAAUAUCCUCCUUAAAACAGAUGAGGCAUGUAAGAGUGUAUCCACAGAAAACAUUUGUCUUGCACAAGUGGUAGAAACAGAUGGUGUAUGUCUAGAUUCUAGCACCAGGAAUAAAAUGGAAACACCACCCAUUUGUGUUUCAGCAGACAGUGUCAUCUUAAGCACAGGCGAGUGCUUGGAGCAGGACCCAAACGCAACGUUAACAGGCAGUGAUGCAUCCAUUCAGGUGGCUGUUGCUUGGGAAGGAAAGCUUGCCUUUAACAACACUUCCCAAACUUCUGAUGCUGAUGCUCCUCAAAGAUUACGAAAUGCUCAGAGUGGUCAUUUAGCAUGUGACAAAGAAAGCCCAGCUUACCUGUCAGCAAAGUCACACGUGACAUUUGGACGGUUACUGCAUACUGCGCACCAUGUACCCUUGAUAGAUGGGUCUGUAACUGGCAACGGGAGGUACCUCAGAGACGCUUACCCAGCAAGAAAAGGACUGGCUUGUUUCCCUGAAGAGAAAGACAUUCUCCCCAGUGAAAAUACCCUUCAGUUCACACAUGGAGAACACUUUUCUGUUAACACCAUACACAAAAGCUAUGAAGGGAAUUUACAGGAAAAAGGAAAUCACUCAGACUUGAGUGCCCCAAAUGACACUAAUUCUGACAGCUACAGUCUGUCAAAAAAUGAUGACUGUCAAGAAUUUCAAGUUGUUUGUGAUGCACUGAAAUGCAGUUCCCAAAUUCAAUCACCUGAUUUAAUUAAGGCUUCUGAAACCGUAACAUGUAAGAGUCUACCCCGAAAUGCAGGCCAACUGACAGAAAUGGAAAAUCAAGAGGUGGCAUUCAUCCCCUCUUCUGAGGAUACACUUCUAAGAGAUCUUUAUGUAGAAAUGCCCAGAUACAAACGAUGCAAAUCAGGAGAACAGAGAGUGAGCUGCAUAGGUGAUGAACAAAGGGCUGACACUUCCUGUGAGUCAGGAGUUAGUCAUGGUUCAGGGAGUGAGGCUGCACUUUCCCCUCAUCAUGCAUCAGAACAUGCAUGUUUUACUGACAGCCCCUUCAACUCUGGUGAGGACUUAAAAGCGGAUUCUUCCAAAAAGCACACCUAUGCCUCUGGAAGUGUAACGUCACCUAGUUCCCUGCUGCCCAGAAAGGCUGAAAAUGAGUCCCACAUCAUGGCACGUGAGGGCUGUGGAGGCAGGGGUCACAGGCUGGGCAUCCAGGAGCUGGAUGGGAAGGAGCCGGUACCAUUCAUCACACCUGUGAGCCAGGCAGAGCAGCUCCUUACCCACGUGUCAGCAGUGGGCUGUCCUGGCACGGGAGGUGAUGGAAAAAUGCAAUCCACACAAACUUCAGUCAGAGCAGGUGAAAAUGAGAGUAGGGUGGGAACUUCCUGCAAGGCACUGCAGGAUCAGUGCCACAGGGGACUGGGAGAAAACGAGGAGGAAGCAGUCGUGUGUGAAAAUAAACGAGCAAUGCAAAGAACUGUGGAAUGUAACCUGGGUGAAGCUGAAGCGAAGUCUCCUUCUCACACCUCUGUGGGCUGCGAGGCUCGAGGACGGGCUGUGAAUACUGGCACUAAGCAGCCUGCUCCUGGCUUGGUCUCUGCCAGUAAGCUUCCUGAGGUUGAUCAUCCAAUUAUGUCUACUGCGUAUGAUAACGAUGAAGUUAUGACAUCAGAGAGUGCAAGAAGUCGUUUGGUUAAUUUGCCACCAGUUGAUUCAGGGAACAACCAGUAUUUUCAAGAGAAGCCACCCUGCAGCAGAACUCAGCCAUUCUCCUUAGCGCUGGCCACACGUGAACCAUUCCCCAUCACUGCGGACAGGCCAAGCAGUCAGGAAGGGUCCGAAUCCACCCAGACGUCCCCCGUUGCUGAGCCUGAGCCCAUCAGAUGCAAACAGCACACAGCGAAGAGCGGGCAGAUCGCUGCUGGAGCUAAGAAGAAAUUGCCACCAGCAAUGCUGUCAAAAAAGCCGCGGCUGGAGGAGAGUAGCGAUGCUGGCAGGGAUCCUAGCUGUAGUAACACGGCUGUGAAGGGUGAGGUGGGCAUGACUCAUAAAGAGGAUAGAAAAGAACAAAGGAAACUAAUUCUGAAAAAGGAUAGCAAAG